GCCCAUCGUCGUCGUCGUUGUGCCGUAUGUGUGUACCGAAUUGUGUCAAGAGUUUUUCCUUUGCGUUAGGUCUGCUUCUUGUUGGUGCGGCUUUUCUAGCUCGUUCUGUCUAACGGCCCUGUCUGGUCGAUUUUUGGAGUUUGAUCGAAAUUUGUCGUGCGAAUCUACAAUAACAUAAAAAAAAAUUGCCAGCAACAAUCGAAUCAGGAGUGAAGGCAAAAGAAAAAGAAAACUUUUCCCUUAGCGUACCUCUCGACAACAACUUGUUUAAUUUGAGUGCAAUCAAAUUGUAACAGUAGUGGAAAAAUUAUCAAUCGAAACCGCAGUGUGCAAUAAAUCGAAUCGAGUCGAACCACUCCUCCCACGGAACAAAGAUGGCCACCAUGCAGCGUCGUUUGGUGCAUAAGCAGUUCAACUCGCCGAUCAAUCUGUACUCGCAGCGCAACAUCCAGGAGACGCUGGACCGGGAGCUGAAGCAACUCUCCAACGGGGCCAUCGGAAUUGACUUUGACGAUCCGUCGACGACCAAGCCUCCGAGCUUGGCCAAGUCGGCUGUUCUGCAGGCCCUGGAGGAGGACGAGCGCCAGCAGAGCCGGGCUAACAAAGGUUGGCAACGUCCCAGCCGGUCGCGACAACGAGAUGUACCCGCGGUGCCCAGAACCAGCCGAACCCCGUGCAUCGACCGGGACACGGUCAUGCGGAUCAAUCGUCGUCCCGUACGACACCGAUCUUGCGACAACUUUUGGCCCCCGUCGUCGGCACGUACUCCUUCGCCUCUGGAGAGAACGGGCGGACCUUCCGUAGGGGAUAGCGAAGGUGGGUCUUUUGCAUACGAUGGCGUUCGUCGAUACGGUAGCAACGAAAGUGUGUACUUUGACGUGGAAAAGGUUUGCAAGCAGCACAAAAUCGAUCCACUGCGAAGCAAGUUCGACAAGGCCAACGUCGUCCUUGUCGAUUGGGGGCGGAAGGGAAGGGGAAGGGAGGAUAAUGGAUCUUAUGACAAACGAUGCCGGGAAAAAGCUGAUGACACUGCUAAUAAUUCCAUCAAUAGAGGUGAAAAUAUUGAAAGUGAAAAGCGUCCAUCAGUGCCGCGGGGUAUGACAGGCGAUGUCAAAAGGGAAACCUUCGACGAGAUUGAGCAAACAUUGGAACCACCUUCGCCACCUCCGAGACGGUAUUUUCUACCCAUGGAGCAGAUCCAAUCUGGGAUGGGGGUGGAAAUUUUACUUCGAUGUUACAAACUAUCUCCCGAGCAAGAUGAACUACGGAAAGAUCCCAUCUCACCUACAAUGUAUAAUUACCAGGACAAAAUUAAACCAGCUGGGGGACCUGUUCCGGAAAGUGAUGGCAUUCUGCACCAGGAUGGAAUCCAAUCAAAACCACCACUCAAAGUCAGGAGCACUUCAACGAAACGCAGUAAACCACCCACUCCGGUGCACUUCUCCGGCGGUCACAAUAGUGACAUUCAUAAUUUGGACAGUUCGGUUGUCGGCAGGAGGGAUGAGCUCGAUAUACAGUAUGUAAAUUCCGACAUCGAUUUGAUUUUCAAUAUUACCGCCGGUUCUAGUCCAGCAACGCCACCACAAAUCACCGUCACCGAAUGCCGGGAUUCCACGCCGGAUGCAGCCACUAAUCACUUCGACAAUCGCUACCCCAUGGGGCACCAGCAUUCGGAUCAGCAGCAGCAGCGUCAAACAAUGCUACCGAAAACAAGCGACCAAUUAUUAAAUGAAAUAAUAGAUGGAAAUCAUAAUUACAAUGAAAAACUAAUUACAAACAGCGGUCGAUCCGAUAUGGAAUCCCAUCCGGCGACGACUUCGGCAACCUUCACCGAAAGCGACCGCCAAUGUCGCCGCCGCGCCCAACAGCUCCCUAACGAGCAACAUUCAAAAUUAAAUGUAUCAAAUCAGGCAAAUCGUAAUUGGAUUAAUUUAAAUUCAAAUGAAAUUCAUCCCUAUGCCUAUGGCGGUUCAUCUGCUGAUGCUCCUGCUGAAGCCCCGUCGUCGUCAUUCCACAACGAUCCGGCUGCUGCAGGCCAAUGGGGAGAAGAUUCACCGACGACAGCUGCUACACGUAUGACACAAACACGUGUCGUCCUUUGCAAUCCGAUGAUGGCCACCGCUUCGACUACCGAUGAUGCUUCUGACACCGUUUCACGCCCACUGAUGGCCGGGCCUAAUGACCGGACGCCAAUAGCGACACACGUCGUCAACGAUGACAACGAUGACGACGACAAGGACAAUCCAGCCGUUCGCAAUAAUUACGAUAAUAAAAGUGUUAAAAGUAAUUACGGGGAUCCAAUUCGAGCAGCGGCGCCGGACGAAGGUGGCGUGGAGCGACACGGCCAACGGCGAUUGGAAAGAUCCGACAGCCGGGACUCGUCACGAAGCUGGCGGGUUGAUGAGCUUCUCGAGUUUCCACCUCCGCCGCCGUAUUUGUGUCUUUGCGAGGACGAGUCCAUCCCUUCCGGGAGGUGUUCCGAGGAACGUUCGGCGCUGGGAAGCAGCCGCUCGUCCGACGGUGGAGCGCAAAUCUGCGAUAACCGCAACCCAAGCCCAGCGUUCGGCCCACUACUGCAGCCGUCGUCUCCGUCCUCGUACCACGGUGCGAGCUCUUGGAGCAGGGUCGACAAUCCGACAAUAUCCCAAAGCUGUCGUCAGGAUUCAACUUCAUCUACGGUCCCAACGCCAUCUGCCCACGCCGUUGCUGUUGCUGCUGCUGCUACUGCUGUUGAUGUUGGUCCCACGGCCAAACAACGAUGGGACGAUAAUCGCGCUGCAGUAGUGCCUGACACUAGCGGUGGUGGCCACCGUCAUCAACUACUGCGCCGGACUGAUGAUUAUUUUAAAACAAAUUUAACGGAUGAUAAAUUUUUGAGCGAAAACGUAAAUAUUGCAAGUAAUUUAGGCGGUGACCGAUGGGACCAGCAGCAGCAGCAGCAACAACUGCGCAGCAAACUUCGACGAACCAACCAUGCUACCGAUGACCCUCGGGGGUUCAUCGACGACGGCGAUGGUGACGAUGACGACCGGAUGGUCAACAGAUUCCAUCGCCGGGCGGCGCCGUCCAUCGUAGUGCAAACUCACGUUCCGCUGCACAAAUCAAUCGACGCAUUUUUGGACGCCGAGCGGGAGGCGUCAACCGGUGGCAAAAGCAGCACAACAACGGCCGUGACGGCACCACGAUCCUCUCCCCCGCCGCCGGUGCCACCACGACCCGAGGAAUCCGAAAAUAGCACCCGCUUCGUCAGUUUCACCGACGGAGAGUAUAUUUUUGGCCCGUACGAUGCACGGUCCGAAGAAUUUCAACGAUUCGACCUGUGGGAUGGUGAUUUUCACAAGCGCCACAAUCGCCACUGUCACCAUCACCACCAUCGCUGCUGUAAGAAACAAUCACCCGGCGGAACGUCAGAUGGCAGCACCAGGAGCAGCAGCAGUAGCAGCACCCUAUGUCUCGAGUGCCACUGCCAACGCAGCUCGGUGACCAGCAGCGAAACUUUGAAAGGGGACGAAACGCCUAAAUCGCCGCUAAAGCAGCAACAGCGAAGGCCUAGUCAGGUGGAAAAUUAUGAUGACACGCAGAGAAACGUUCCAGCCGGAAACGAACAACCCCAAUGCUCACCAGAGCCAGCCUACGGCCGAUGGGUUCGCUUUGACAACGGAAAUAUCUCCCCACCACCUUCGACGCCCGACCAGCAGUUCCAGUCGACAACCCCAGCUCGAAUACCGACCCCAUACCCAAGUCCAACUCACCCAACGGCAGGCGCUCCAGACGAUCACACCCAACUCCAUCAGAACGUUUUCGAUCAAUUCGCUGCGGCACUCGAGCAUCAACCCCAAUCGAAGCCCGGCGCGGUCGAUUUUGUGGAGAACGUCCCCCUGAUUGAUGUCGUACUCGAUGAUUUGCUGACGUUCUCCAAGACACUUGUCCUGCGGCAAAGCCCGGUCGGGGGUUUCCCGUUAGCCGCCGAACGUGAGGAGGCAAAAAUUGUCGAGAUAAAUGACGAUAAUUUAAUUAAUUUAUUAGCUGACGAUGACGACGACGGCCAUGGUAUUGACACGAAAAGGGUUGACCAAGUGGAUGCUGCUUCGAGGAGUGAAACUUUGCCUUCUAAGCAUCGGGAUUCCACGAAAGAUGAUGCCAGCGGCUCGGACUGGCAUCAAGAAAAUAGUGGCAAUGAGAGCUUUCCAGACGAAAGAUGUGAUCUGAAUGCCAAUGAGGGGCAAGCACAGCUGGAGCCUAAGAAGCAAAACCACUCGGUUGACGAUUCCAAGGACGUGGUAGACAAUUAUUUGAGCACGAGGCGAAAUCACGAGGACAUUUUCGCCAACGUUGCCAUUUUCAACUGGAAUCCACUGGACGUCUAUCAUCAGCAUGGACUGUUUAUGAUCGAUCCACGUUUUGCGCUGGCGGACCUACAUGCCACCGUUCCAGAUUUUUCCUACUCUACCCCCCAUGGUCAAGAUGACAGUUAUAACGAGCGUCAGUCGAGAGCCUGGAACGAAGACGACGGUGGCCACAUGAGAAAUGACGCACAUUUGAAUUCGCCAAAGCGUGAGUCGGCUUCCAAUGAUAGACACCCAGCAGUUCCAGCAGCGGUCCAGUUCCUGCAACAAGAUGACGAAGAUACGGCCCCAGCCCCGGUCCCGGACAUUGGCACAGUAGGAAUAACUGAUGGCGCAGAUCUGUCAUCGGUGGACGUGAAUUCAUUUGCAACUCAACUAGAACCAACAGACGACGGCCGUUUGCUCGAGAGCCAUAAAAUCCCGAACGACAGGACCAGCAGCGCCAGCGGUAGUCCAGCAGCGGCGGUGGACCAUUUUUACGACUCAGCUCACGUUGAAUAUCCGGUGAGGGCAGACUUGUUCACGACCACCACCACUACCAUUCAGGAAUGCCAUCAAUCGCCCAAGGAAUCUGAUUAUGUUAAUGAUCCGGCCAAGAACAUCACCACCACCAUCACCGCCACCGGUAGCAGCAGCAGGAGGAGUAGCCGAAGUGGCAGUAGUAACAGCUGCAGCAGAAGAAGCAGCUUGCAACGGCAAGAGCUCACCGGCGAAACGGAAGGUUUGAAGCGUGUCGCCUGGCCACCACCAGCUGAGCUCGGUGAGGGUGACUAUCAGCACCAACAGCCAGUGCAACAGCCGCAGCAACCCUACCAUUAUCCACCACAGCAGCAGCAGCCCGUUCAUCAUCAACAACAACAACAACAACACUAUCAGCAGCCUUAUACUCAACCGCAGCCCCAGCACCAACCGCGAGAGCGCAUCAUCCCAAUUCAACGGCCCGAACCAUCAACCCAACAGCCACAGUAUCAGCCGCAACCGACGCAAGCUUUCCAACCGCUAGUGUCAUCAGCACAACAUCAUCAACAACAACAACAACAAGAGCAACAGUUUUAUCAGCAGCCGGAGGCCGUCCCACAGCAGCAUCAACAGCAGUUUUAUCACACAACCGCAGCGGACAGUCAAAUUCCAUUCGUGACCACCCUCCGCAAAGAAGCACCAAUGUCGCAGGAACCGACUCCCGUCUAUCACAGCGAACCAGUUGCUGCAAUCUAUCAAGGCGGUACCAAUAUGCGCGGAGAUCAGAAAUGGCCACCGGCGGAAGUCAAGAAGCAAUCUGAACUGGAGAACGAAGAGCGCCUCAAGCUAGCCCAGCAGCCCGCCUUCCGCCCACGUAAAGUGCAAAAAGAUUACACCGACUUUUUCGCCAAAAACGCCCUCAACGCAACCUACCCAGGCUACCGAGCACCACCCGGCACUCAGCACCACUCUUAAAACAGCACACAACUUACACACAUUUCUAGAGCAGCUAUGAAAAUCAUAAGCCUAGCGAAGUAAACACUCAACAACAGAAUUUUAUAGAAAAGAAAUAAUAGAAUGUACUAGAACGUGUCGACCUGCUAAUUUUAGAUAGACUUUUUCAAAUGAAACACACACCAACACAACAACACAGGAACACUUAAGUGAACAACAGUUAAACAAAACAAAGGCGUAAGGGAUUCUCCAAUUCAGAUUGCGAUUAUUGUUACACAGUUACCAAAAACUAAACAUACUUAACUAUCAAGCAAUGAAACACAAACAGUAAAUACGAAAUUAUACUUGAACUAACCAAACAUUUUAUAUAAACGAAACACGCAACAUACACGAAACUAAACGGCUUAGGAUUGAAACAAAUUUUACUAUUUAUUGAAUGUAUAAUUGUUAAGAAAAUAAAAAAGAAAAAAGUGUGAUUGUAUCUUAUGUUAAUCCUACCUUUAUGUUCCUGCAACGAUCAGCUAAUGAGUUCGAACGAUUUAUUUUCUCUCGUUUUCAGUAUAUACCUACCUACAUCUCUAACGCUUAAUUAUUUUUAAUUACUAAUAGAAAUUAGCAACAGCAGUGAAAACACUGAAAGCUUAAAAGCGAUUUGUAUUAUGUUUAAACUGAUGGAGCAACAGGAGGAAGCAAAGCAACAAGGCAGGGGAAAGCACAGAUGAAAAAACCUGUUAAAUGAGAUACACAAGUGUUAAAAGCAAUUAUUAAUCAAAUGUUCAAUUGAUAAUGAGUUUUUAGUGAUAAAUAUUAAACCGCUACUUGGAGAGUGAGGAUUGCCAAUCAGGGCCGUAGGUCGCACCUCUCGCCUGCAGGACAAAUCCCAUAACAUCAUAUCAACACUACUAUUUAGGUAUAAUUAAGAAGAGGGCCGGCCUACAGCCCUGCGGUUUUUCCGGGCGCCAUUGAAGCGCGAGACACCCACGGGAGUGAGAAUAUAAAACAAUGAGGGCCAUAUUUCAUUUAUUUAUUCAUAACUGCCUGUUAUUGUCGAGUUGAGAGAGGAACCCUCGCAUGAUGGGCCACGGAUAAACAAAAAAAAAAUCCGGGUUAAAUUUCACACCAGACGCACCCUGCCAUUUCGCAGCUGGGGCUGUCAAAAGAGCAAAAAUGCCGGAGGUCGCAUACUGCCAUCUACCGGACAGGCACAAAGGAAUUCCAUAGAUUGGCCGCCUCUGAUGAUAUAACCAGCGUGCGGGUGACAAAAUAUAAUUAUUUUAAACAUUCAUUUAUUGAGCGUCCCCUUGGACGUGUGGAAUGAAAUAUCAAGGAAUGAAUAAUUCAUUUGGUUUUUCGCACUUUUAAUAAUUUAACAAAUUAUGGGACUUUUUACAUUAAACAUUUUUGAGGAGCCAUCCAAGAGUUGCACAUCAUGUUAUGUAAGAACUUGUCGGACGUAAUUACAAAUCGGAAGUGCAUUACGUUUUAUAAAAAUGGUUCUGUUGAUUUAUGGCCGUGGACUAUAACAACAGCUUCAGGAAGCAUCAAUGGAACACACUGGAUUUCCUCACGCCCCGGCGGAUAUUAUUUAUGAGGAGAAUCAUUGCAGUAAUUAAUUUACAUUUUAUCGUGGCGACCCGCAAAUGAAUGGCUGGUACGGGGUCCUUCAAAAUCAACAAACCAUUAAUUGAAAAUAACAUAUCUAUCCUGUUCAUCGAUAGCUCAACCUGAAAAAAAACGGCCUACUACGACCCAAUAAAUAACCACCACUUGACACACCGGGAUGAUGCUUGUAAAAGAGACACAAGUUAUCACAUCUCCACAUGCACCCAGCAAGCCCUGACUCCGGCGUUUCGUGUCGUCGUCACCAGGGGGAUUAUGAAACAUUUUAAAUUUUCAUUUGCAUUAUUCGGUCACUACCAGUCGGGUCGACUUUUUCCCACGACUUUUGUUUCACCGCAACCCAAAACCCAACCACGCUGAUCGGAGUACAGCAAUCGAGAAACAAAAAAAAAACGCACAACUUGGCGCAAACCAAUCCUACUCGAAUAUUGAUGAAUUUUACAAAUUGUUUUUCCAGCCUACAGAUUUGUCUGAUCAAAAUGUAGCACAAAUAAUGGCAUACUAAAUGCCAUCGGUCGGGCUAAAUGCUCGCAGAAAAAAAAAACUCCGAUCCAAUUUCAUUCUCAAUCGCGUCUCCGCACUUCAAAAGUCCGCGUACUCUCCACCCACGUUCAACAAAAAACAACAGAAGGCAAAAAGCAAUGGAACAAUUUCCCACAUGCAGAUAUUAUAUAUUUUUCACAUUUUAAUUCACGAUGCAAAUAUUCAAAAUAUUUAGACUCGCAGCCAAACACGUUGUUCGUAUCUGCAUACAUAAAACGGCUCGGCUGAAUGGGAUAAAAACAUGGUACGGUGCGCAUUGCAUGUUCCUCUCCGCGGUGGAAAGUUACCGAUGAUGGUUAUUACUAUUGCUGAUUGUAUUUUUUUACAAAUUUACUUUGACAAAACUCAACACAACACAAAAUUAGUUACCAUAGCUGUAAUCAAAUUUAGCAAAAACAUCUUGCAUCAGUCAGUGUGAAAAUAAUGCUUACAAAACAACAACGGUAGGUUAUUGGAAUCAAACUUAAGAAUUUUAACACUUGGAAGAACAACAUAAAACUUUUUCACUGUUUGAGCACUCGCGUAACGAACUGUAAGAAAGACUUUGAAAAUAA